GUUAACAUUUCAGCAAUCGAUUAGUUGGUUGUGGUUGUUUUUGUGUACAAGAACUCAUUUUGUUGUUCUUGUUCCAUAAAUUUGGAGAAAAUUGCUUCUGGGUAGUGAUUGGAUUAUUGGUUUUGUUGAGUCGGAUAGCAUUGGAAGAGUUAAAAGUUGUAUGAGUAUUUGGAGUUUAAGAAGCUUUCACAGGCUAUCUGUUUGUAUUAUUCAUUUUAGCAAAGGAAAGGAAGCUAUGCCCCAAUAUCGGAUGGUUUUGGGUGCAUAACUGUAAUAACUGCGGAGAAUGGGAGGUUGUUGUUGUUCUUCCAGAAAAGCUCAUAUGCAACUGCACGGAGCACCUGUGUAUUUCUAUUGUCCACCAGUUUUGGAAGAGCAAGAGUCCUUAAGAUCUCAUGAUGUCGCAGCCUCUCCACUAAGUGCAGGACUCCUGGUUCAUUGGGAUCUGGAAGCAUCAACACCAGACACUUACAGACCCCCUCCUCCACCGUUGCCAUAUGAUAUGGUCUUUGGAUGUUCACGAUCAACAGAUUCUGAUUCUGUCAGGGAAACAAUCAGUUGCAGUAGUUUUGAUACAUCAGCUACUUGUGGAGAUCUUGGGGAAUCAGACUGCAAAGUUCAAGAAAGUUCUUUGAAUACCUCACCAAAGAAGUUAGAACUUUCACAAUCAAAUGAACCUCAUGUUUUAGCAAAAGAAGACGAGGAUGUCUGUCCCAUUUGUCUUGAAGACUAUGAAACAGAGAAUCCAAAAUUUAUCACAAAAUGCGAGCACCACUAUCACCUCUGUUGUAUUCUUGAAUGGAUGGAAAGAAGUGAUGCCUGUCCUAUAUGUGAUCAGGAACUGGUGAUUGACCAUAGCUUUAGUUUGUAGCUAAUUAGUGCUCUUUCAAAAUCAAAGUUUAUUUGCUGCUUGAAGUCAGAGAUUGCCAACUCAGUAGACUCUGGAUGGACAGUAGCUGUUUGUUUCGAAACCUGCUGGGGAUGGGUGUCCUGCAGAUUCAUUUUUUUAAUCUGGUCAUUCUCAAAUUGGAGGUUGAACUGGAUCUCUUAUGUUAGCUGUUUUGUUUGGUCAGUUGUUGGUAAAGUCUCUCUCUUUGUUUAGAGCUUGAUUUCCAAUUCUCAGACAGGUCUCUGGAUUCUAAGUGGAGCAAUCAAGAAGUUAAGAACAGGGCCAUCCAAUGGAAACCAGAAAAAUGAAUGCCAGUGCCAUCUUCAAAGUUGUGUUGGUUUGCUACAACUCUUUUUGUACAGAUCUCUUAGUUUGUUGUAGGAAUCAUUCUGUUGUCAUUUGUUGUUAUCUGCUGCAGAAUUUGAUUUAUACACUCACUGCAGCCCUUGGAUUCUAAUCUGUAAAUCACAUCUCUUUUACAUUUUGGGUGGAUUUGAUUUGGCAAA